AUGCUGACGCUACGCCGGAUGCUAGGGAGCACAGGUGCGCACUCGGCCGCGGCGCAGCAGUGCGUCUCGCCUCAUCUGGCCCAGCGCUACGGCACCGCAGCAAAGCAACAGGAGAAUCUAAAGAAGACUAAAUUUGGGCCCUUGAGUGAUCAAGACCGGAUUUUCACAAACUUGUAUGGCCGCCAUGACUGGAGUCUGAAGGGUGCUCUGCGUCGGGGGGACUGGUAUAAGACUAAAGAGAUCCUCCUGAAGGGGACAGACUGGAUCCUGAAUGAGGUCAAGGUGUCUGGUCUGAGAGGGAGAGGAGGAGCUGGCUUCCCCACCGGCAUGAAGUGGGGCUUCAUGAACAAACCCAGCGACGGCAGACCUAAGUACCUGGUAGUGAAUGCAGAUGAAGGAGAGCCAGGGACGUGUAAGGACAGAGAGAUCAUGCGUCACGACCCUCACAAGCUGGUGGAGGGCUGCCUGGUGGCUGGGAGGGCCAUGGGAGCCCACGCCGCUUACAUCUACAUCAGAGGAGAGUUCUACAACGAGUCAUCCAAUACACAGGUGGCGAUAAACGAAGCGUAUGCAGCAGGGUUGAUAGGCAAGAACGCGUGUGGCUCUGGGUACGACUUUGAUGUGUUUGUGAUGCGGGGGGCGGGAGCCUACAUCUGUGGGGAGGAGACGGCCCUCAUCGAGUCCCUGGAGGGCAAGCAGGGGAAACCCAGACUCAAACCACCCUUCCCCGCUGACAUAGGGGUGUUCGGAUGCCCAACAACAGUUGCUAAUGUGGAGACGGUUGCCGUGGCGCCUGCUAUCUGUCGUCGAGGUGGAGCGUGGUUUGCGAGCUUCGGGAGAGAGAGGAAUGCUGGGACAAAGCUGUUCAACAUCUCUGGUCACGUAAACACUCCGUGCACAGUAGAGGAAGAGAUGUCCAUUCCUCUCAGAGAACUCAUAGACAGACACGCAGGAGGUGUGAGGGGCGGCUGGGACAACCUACUGGGAGUGAUCCCUGGAGGCUCCUCCACACCCAUUAUCCCUCGCUCUGUGUGUGAUGAUGUCAUGAUGGAUUUUGAUGACCUCGUCCGCGCAGAGUCCGCUCUGGGCACCGCCGCCGUCAUCGUCAUGGACAAAUCUACUGAUGUAAUCAGAGCCAUCGCCCGUCUGGUUGAGUUCUAUAAACAUGAGAGCUGUGGCCAGUGCACCCCCUGCAGGGAAGGAGUGGACUGGAUGGAUAAGAUGAUGUGGCGGUUUGUGCGUGGCGACGCGGCCAACUCAGAGAUUGAUAUGAUCUGGGAGCUGAGUAAACAGAUCGAGGGCCAUACCAUCUGUGCCCUGGGGGACGGAGCUGCAUGGCCUGUACAGGGUCUGGUUCGCCACUUCCGUCCGGUCAUGGAGAGCCGCAUCUCGGAGUACCACAAGAAGAACCCUGCCAGGGAGGCUGACAUUGAGAUGAUCUGA